GUUGGUUCAGUAUGACUGCAGCAGCAGGUGUGUUAACAGGCUUGGCUAAGCUAAAACGCCAAGACUCCGCACGCUCUCAGCACCGGCCCAUACCACCUGCAUCACCAGGCCUGGGAAACCCCGCCCCAGACGCUGUCCCCAGAAAGCGAAAACGCCGCACAGAUGUUGUGGUUGUACGCGGUAGGCUCCGCCUCUAUUCUGCCUCUGGGUUUUUCCUCCUCCUGGGACUGGUCAUCCUGGCCAUAGGUAUCGGCAUGGCGACACUGGGUUACUGGCCGCACAGUGAAACCAUGCCCUCGGCCAAAUCGCAGACUGUAGGAGGAUCUGCCACAGGUGAAGGAAAUGGAGCCAAGACGGCCGUCACAGAUGGGGACGUGGCAAACUCCAGCACUAGUCAUAACGUGCAUGGUACGCCCUCCAAGCAGACUGGGGGCGCUCUGACAAGGUUCCUGGAACAGCAUCGUCACUCUGAGAGGAUGAAGAUGUUUGGGCCUUUCACCAUGGGAAUUGGAAUUUUCAUCUUCAUCUGUGCUAAUGCCAUCCUUCACGAAAACAGAGACAGAGAAACUAAGAUAAUCCAUAUGAGAGACAUGUACUCCACAGUCAUCGACAUCCAUCGCCUCAGGCAGAGAGAGCAGAAGCAGCAUCAUCACCGCAACAGCACCUAUGCAAGAGAAGUUGGGGAUCUUCGAGCCUUCGGAUCUGAUAACGCAGCACGGUUGGCCAGCAACUCCCUCCUUGCUUUCUCCUCUCGGGCUGGAGGCGGAGGGUCUACAGAAGAGGAGGAGGUGCUGUUAGGUGACGAGGAGUUUCACAGACACAGGGAGCAGGCAAAGCUGGAUUGUAGCUUUGCGGGGCUGCUAGCGCCGCUCUACAAGGAUCGUUCCUUCUGCGGCCCAGGGCUGGGGAUGGCUCGUUCGGAUUCAGUGCGCCAUCAGUGGUCAGUGGACGGAGAUGUGGAGAGGGGAGGACACCACGCACGCUCUAUUGUCUCCUCUUCUAUCUCUGCAUUUACUCUCCCAGUCAUAAAACUCAACAACUGCGUUAUUGAUGAACCGGAGAUGGAGGCGAUUACUGAGGAGGAUAGAGGAGGAGAGAGAAGAGACAGAGAGAGGUCACAGCCUCUGAGCUCCAUGGAGUCUCUGAUUGUUCCUGUAGCAUCUGUUGCCAAGGCCUCGAAACCACCAGGCUUACACCGGAGUAACUCCGCUUCCUCGUCCUCCCACUGCUCCUCUGUCUCCUCUACCUCCCUCUCCCCUGCUCCCUCGUCUACCUCAGGCUGCUGGCUCUCCCCGGGAGCAGCAAGGACUGACUUUGGCUCUAACUCCUCUCUGCACAUGCUCAGUAGCCACUCCAAAUCUCUGGACUUGGAGCGCGGGCCGAGUAUGCUCAGCGUGCGCCCAGAGCAGCGGAAGCACCCCAGCUGGCCCCGCCUCGACCGUAGCAACAGCAGCCGCAGUAACAGCGGCAAAGGGGGCAGCAGUAAAGGCUACAUGCGGCUGGAGGACAGGGAAGAGCAAGGGGAGCGGCUAUUAGACAUGUCAGCAGCCAUGGCAGCGAGACGCGACUACAGUAAACGGGAAAAGCUGCUAAUGAUAUCAAGGUCGCAUAACAAUCUGAGCUUUGAGCACGAUGAGUUUAACAGCAGCACACUGAAGAGGGGAAGCUCUGAGACUCGAUUCUGAAGGAAAAUGAACUGAAGGUUGAAGACAGCUCUGUCCUGUUCUGUAAAUUUCUCUCCAGCCAUUGUACUGUUGGUGUCAGGGGGAAACUGACGAGUUUAACAGCUGCACCCUCAGAGAGGAACGUGAUUUUGAAGACAUUUUUUUGAGCAGCAGGCUGGAGGAUAGUUAGUAAUGGACCACCUUGCCCGGUAAAAGGUAAAGGCCUCACGUCAGCAAGACACUAAAUGCCUAUUGUGCCAGGUCCAGUGGGGCUGUUCUGUAGCCGACCCUGACCUGUGACCUCUAUGGAGGCAGGCAAGUGAAAAAAGAAGGUCCCUACAGGGGAACACAUUGCAUCAUCCGUCUACUUUAUACAAACACAGUUCUAAUAAACCCUCAACCCUCAGACACUUUAGGAUGAUACUGUUUCAUUAUACAAGGCUUCUUUUCUUAAUGUGUUAGUUUCAGGUUCAAUUCAAGGACACGCUGGAAGCACUUUGAGCAAGUUUCUUCCUUAGCGGGGAGCAGUGACACAAAGGCAAAUCUUUUAUAACGAGGCCCAGGCACAACCUGAGAAAUAAGCGAGACCAGUUUAAUAUCAGAACAAAAGAAGAUAGUAAUAGUAACAUUCAUGCUUUGCUUGAAAAUGCUUAAAAAGGUUGUAUAGAGAGACAUUUUCAACUAAUUUCUAGAGGCUAUAAUGGCAUACUGCAACGGCAAGUCCAAAAGGUAUAGAUAUUAGUGGUAAAUUAUUUGUUUUAAAGGUGGUUCAUGUAUGUUUGUGUGUCUGUCUGAUCUUCAGAUUGUAGUAGAUGUAGAGAUCCACACAAAAAGCAAAGUCAGACAAAAACAUUUAAUAUCAUGUCAAUACACUACAGCACAGAUAUGAGUUCAAAUCAUAAUGCAAGGCUGCAAAAUACAAUAACGGAGUCCUUGUUGCCCCGCAGGCACAAUAUUGCUGCCCUUUCCCAAGAACUAUAGUAAGAAGUUUUGUGUGUACGCUACUGAAAACUAUAAGUAACAUUGGCUCUGCUACAAACCUAAUUUCGUACUAGAAAAGAUCUUGAUUGACUUCACUCAGGAUAUGCCGUCUAUUAUUCAUGUUCUGAUUAUUUUUAUAGACCUAUUCACAAACCUAUUCAGUAUUACGCCUCAGUUCCACUAGGCCAGCUCUGUGACGUCACUCCUCGUGGCUUCAUGCCCCACCAGGAGAGUUUCGCCUGCUCGAUUUUGUUCAGAUUUAGUUGAUUUGGUCAUUUUUCCUUGAUUUAUGUGCUUCUACCAUGGUUAGGCUGUUUCCUUGUUGUCUGUUUUUAUGAUUGGGAGUCUGCACACACAGUGUUUUAUUUUGAAAACUGACAGUAUUCUAAGCAGUUAGACACUAUAGUUACUUGAGUGUGACCAGAGGUACAAUGAAUUAUGGUUGUAACUAAUGAUUAUUUCCUUGACUUAUUUUUUUAAUCAAUGCUCUAUGAAAUGUCAAAAAUACAUGUAAUGACAAAGUCAUAAAAUCAAAAGUUAAAUUUACAAAUAAAAUAAUCACAUUUAAAGGAAUUCUACUUGAUAAAUGACAAUUGAUUAAUUUUAAGUCAAUUAACACAUUUUUGGUUCUGCACAAUUGAAAAAUCUAUAUUUGAAACAAAAGUCAGUAUAAAAGAGACCCUGGCGUUUGACUCAAGUUAACAGUAAAUCACCAUGUACACAUUCAUCUUGUGCUUGAGCUGUAAUAUUAAAGUCCAACUGGAAUUAUAUGCCAUUUUUUGUCUGCUACAGCAAACAUAUCUGCUCUGUAAAUCACUUAUCCUUUGUACUUCUAUGUGUACGGUCACACUGAGCCAGACAGCAGACCGCUACAUAACACAGACUUUGAACAACCCAAAUUAGCUUCCCUGCUAAAGUCUCCUUCAUUAUCUAACUUACACACAUGAACACAUAUCUUGUCCUGCACUUUAGGCUUGUUGAGCCAGCGACUACACAAACGUUCACUGGGGAAAAGUGCACUGCUAAUGUCAGCUAAUUAGCAGCACAUUAAACAGCAUAUAAACAUACCUGCAAAUGUCACAUGGCUACGGUUAGAUGCUGAUGUGGUUCUCACUAUUUCAUUUAAAACACUUUUUUUUUUACAAAAUGGAAGACUAAAUGACUGUUUUCAGUUGGAAUUUUUCUGCAACUUGUGUCGCUUUUCAUUUAAUUUAUUAAUUUAUUUUUGGGACAGUAUUCGCCAUUUUAUGAUUGCAGGUGUGAAGUUCAGCUACUAAGUCUCCAUAUUGCUCAGUAUCUGUAGUUUGUCAGCUACGUUAACAAUACAUUAAGACAAUUAUUAAUGUAGUUAAAACGUCUUCUGUGCUACUUUUAAUGCAACACACAUGAACAAUAAAACAUCAACACCACAUGCGUGUUAAAAAAAAGGCAAAGCCCUUUACAAGCAGGAAUCUUGGCCAGAGAGCUUCAUUAACUGGUUCCUAGCAGUUUAUGAGUCAAUGUCCAAUUCUAGUCUCUGUCAAAAUAAACUGUAUUUUCACUGAAAGA